AGCUAGAAGCCAUUCGACAUUCGACCAUCAGCCAUCGUCAGUCGGAAACCGAAUCGCAGACCCGCAACACAAGACUCACAGUUCGCAUUGCAUACUUUUUGGCGCGCUUCGAAAUAAACACACCAAUACUUACACCAACCCGCACUACACCAACACAUUCAGGCUGUGUGUGUGUGCUGCCUGAAGUCACCCAUCCUGCGAAGCGACAAAAUUCAUCAACUCUUGUGUCUGGGGUGGUAUGUGGAUAAAUUUUAGCCGCCAUGGAUCCCAGUGCUCUACAAAACAUGGAUCGGGACGCAUUAAAGAAGCAAAUCGAGAAUAUGAAAUAUCAGGCCUCCAUGGAGCGCUGGCCGUUAUCUAAAUCCAUAGCAGAAAUGCGCUCGUUCAUCGAGGAGAACGAGAAAAAUGAUCCGUUGAUCAAUGCGCCGGAUAAGAAGAACAAUCCGUGGGCCGAGAAGGGCAAAUGCGUUAUCAUGUAA